UGAUAUAUUAAUCUUGUAACAUCUUGUGCUGAAUAUUGUGGUAUGUCUGAAGAACAGAUCUCCUGUGUGUUCUGAAUGUACCGGAUAAAUCCUGAUGAUAAGUUUUCAUGGAAGGUUAAGUGACCUGCUAAGGAGUAAGAAGUCAUUAGAGGACAACCUUUAUUCUAAAACCUGGUCUAUCUGCAACACUAAGGGAACUGGAGAGCCAGUGAAGCUGCAGCGUGUCAGUGGGAGUUAGCCAGUUUCCAUGAAUACCUUUAAGAACUUUCCUCAGCCUUUCGGACACUUGAGGUAGUCCACAUGACUACUCCAGUGGAGAAUGUCCAUGAUCAUCUUUGCCUGCGUGGUGCGGGUGAGGGAUGGGCUUCCCCUCUCAGCCUCCACAGAUUUUCAUUUCAAUCAGGACUUUCUAGAAUGCAGAAAGAGAUUAAAGACAUUAUCAUCGGUUCUGGCACAGUAUCCGAGUCGAGGCACAGCAAAAGGACGUGACCUUAGCAUACAUUUUCUUUCUUCUGGGGAUAUUGCCUGCAUGGCAAUCUGUUCCAGCAGCUACUCAGCCAUCAUGGCAUUUUGCUUCCUGGAAGAGCUUCAGUGGAAAUUUGCUGCUUCCUAUGAUACAGCAAGCAUCAAUUUAGCUUCCAGACCAUAUGCUUUUCUUGAAUUUGAUAACGUUAUUCAGAAAGUGAAGUGCCAUUUUAACUGUGCAAGUGGCUCUCAAAUGAAGGCCAACUGGGAGAAGAUUCAAGAGGAGCUGAAGUUCUGGCCCCCCGUGCAGCUGAAACUGGAGGAUACAGAGCUGAUGAAUGGGCUGACUAACGGUGGGCCUGCAGAAGCUCAUGUGGAGGUUGUCCCCACUUACAGAAUGCAACGUGUGACUCCCCUGGGGAUUCUGUCUCUUGUUCUGAACAUCAUGUGUGGAGCUUUGAAUCUCAUCCGAGGAGUUCACCUAGCAGAGUAUUCAUUUCAGGAAGACCAUGAAGGACUUGGAAACGUGAUAGCUUUUUUUCUACCUUUUCUAGCCUGUGUUUUUCAGAUUUUUCCUACUGUUCCUAUAGUGCUCUGACAGAUGAAACGAGAAAUCAACUUACCUUAAUUUUAUUAAACUCGUUCACACUAAUAUAUAACUUGCAUAUUCAGUAUAAGUUAUUUUACCACUUGCCUCUGCCUUGCAUUUUGUGAGUCAGAAAUUUUCCAUCGAUUUGGUCUCCGUACAGAACUCUUCUGUGCGAGGUAUUAUUCCUACUAAUUUAUUAGCUCACAAAACUGAGGACGUGAUUGAAUGCAACCUGGAGACGCACGUGUUUGGGUUCUAAGAUGGUUUGGCCCGAUGUCCAGGCUGUGUCCUUAACUGUGUUUUCGGUGCCUUAUUUUUACAUGUCUGUCAGUCUUUUUGGUAUUAUUUUAAAUUAAACGAUUUUUGAGGAAGAAGUGAGGGGAAGUGAGUCCACCCUUAAGAGCUUUGCAAGAGUGCAAAUGGUCUUUUGCUCAAGAUAGUGAAAGCAGCCACCCUCAUGCCUAGCAUUCCUUUUGCUUCCUGGGUUUUGAUUGCUUUUCUGAUUCGCGUUUACCCUCAAUUCAUGGGCGAAUGGUCGUGUCUAAACAAAUCGGGGUACACAUGAACGCAAAACAAAUUAUGGGCAGUAUUACAUUGUACUUGAUUGUGUUUAAAUAUUUACUAAUUUGGAUUUUGGGUUGAUGGAGGAGGGACUGAAAACUGAUGGAACGUUAUGUUUCAAUGUGUUAUUAUUUUAUGUCUAUAAGAGUUAUUUUAAAAUAAUACCUCCUUUAGUUAAAACCUUUUAGAAUAAAUAUUAUUACUAGGUAGCUUUAACAGGAGCCCUCUUCACUAGCAUAGAGAUGCUUAAAAUACUAUCUGCUUUAAAAACUUUGCAGGUUGUUACCAGCUCAGGCUCUCUUGAAAUGAGUAGUGAGCUUCUUUGGGCAUCGUGCUAAAUUUCUUUUAGAGAAAGCCACGUAAUUUUUAUAUGUAAGUGUAACGCUACGUACAAAAUCAUUUUCAGUUAGGCAAAGGAACAGUGUGGUUUUCAGCGUUGUACAAAGGUGAUUCCACAGAGGUAUUAGUGAAGCGGCACAAAUAUCGAAAGGGCGCAGUCUGACCCUUGGCAAAUUGUAGUUGCAAGCUUUUUACUGUGCUUCCUUACUGUAACAUGUCGAAUGGAUUUGAGCGCGAUAAAUAAGUGUUAGCCCAAAGGUGACUUGUUUCCCAGAGUAGAUAGAUUUUCUUCCUAGUAGUGGCAAUCCUAGUGAUGGGCUUUUGUAGCAUAACCAUCUGAGAGACUAAGCAAAUACAGAAUAGCAGCGUUAUUCAAAAUUACUUCUAAAUCUUAAGACAAAUACAGUUCAUGACUUCUUUAGGGUUUUUUUUUAUGGAUCAUUUUCGCUGACCUCUUUGUGUAGUGGUAUUUGAAUGAGACGAAUAUUACUUGCUCUGCAGGCGGAUAGUUCCUGGAAUGUUCUUCAAGUGCCUAAAACAGAGGUCCGUAACCUUUAGCUUGAGGGCAAUAUGCUGCUUGCAGAAUCUUCUACUUCUAGUUUGUGGUCACAGCUGCUCUAGUUUGGCUACUAGCUGACAAAGAGGAAGUAAUACAAUGCCUGCAGUGUAUUAGUUGCUUAGUACUGUUGCCUUUGGCCAGCAAGGUUUGGGGAGUUCUAUUUGAAGACUUCUGUUUAUCUAGGGUUUUAAAACUUGCAAAGAGGCUAUUUAUUGCAUCACAUGGUUCCUAGGUUGGCUGGAUAGAACUCGAUUGGACCUUGCCUUUUUGUAUUGAUUUUUCUCCUUCCCUUAUCCCCUCCCCUUUUUUGGAGGUGGUGGUGGUGGAAAGUAGUCCUAACUCUGCAGGUUCUUGUAACUCAUCCUGUGUUGUCUGUUACCUUCUAGUAGCCAGGCUGUCGAGGUUUGUGUUACACAAUGCUCUGAGGUAAAGAAAAAAAAAAACAAAACAAAAACAAAAACCCUCAAAUUUCGAAGUUGAACAGUAAAGAUUCUUAUGCUUUCAGAUAACGAAGUCCUAAGCUCGUAUUGUUUUGUCAAUACCUUUUACUCACCAGUUGUCACCUGUACAUGCGAUGGGCAAUAUAGUGUCUUUCAGCCCUCUCUACACUUCAGAUCAUAGAAGAACUGUAAAUCAGAGGUAGUAAUCUGGACCUAAAAACUUGAUGCAAGUCACUCUUCAUGAAGAGCAGCUCUGCCCUGCUUUCUCCAGUUAGUGCCUAAAGCUAGAGAAGCUAAAAAAAAAAAAAAAAAGUAUUCUCUCUUUAUCCUUUUGAUGUGUCGCAGGCGUAUUCACAAAAUGCUUGUGCAUAAAUUGCGCUCAAAUGUGAAGUGCUUUCUACAUUAUGAUCCCUACAUCAGCACUGUUGGAAACUGUGACCUUAAGCGAUGAAGUGUGAGCUGUUACUGCCUGAGUUAAAAAAGUAACUCUUCUGCCAGCACUUUGUGAGAUACUUGUUUUCUGCUGUGAUGCUAGGUGCCCUUCACACAUGCUUAGCAAGUGGGGUCCACCUGUUCUUGAAUUUAAAAACAAAAAACUAAAAACCCUUUUUGAGCCCCUCGUUAGUAGAAAGUGUGGUCUUUCUACCAAGUCAAGCCUAGAUAAUGAAGUCCUUUGCUUAUCCCAAGAAUAAAUGC